CUGAUUCUGCGAGAGAGGCUUGCAAAAAAAAAUACAGUCAGUCGUCUGCUGCUCUACUGCUAGACUUGUCAAUAACAACUUGACUCUGUGUGUAUCUGUGUGAGUGCGUGUGUGGACGUCUGCCAGCAAAUAUUUGGCUCAAAAAAGCCGCUUUGCAACUUCAGCCAGGAGAUACUAUUUACAGAGAGCUACCGAACAAAAAUUAGAAAUAGUGUGUUUGGUUAUAGUUGCUUAGAAUCGAUAAUGGUGGAAAUGCAGAAUCAGCAGCAAGCGUCGGCUGAAGAGCCGGCCAGGUUGCCGUCAGUUACGUCGUCAGUGAUGUCAUCAGUAAAGUUGUCAGCGACGUCAUCAGUGACGUCAGUGGAGGGCAUCAGAGAAAUGGCGGCCAAGGUGUGUCGAGACUACUUGCACGGAGCAUGGCGACGCAUACAGCCGCAUCAGAUGGUGCUCAAGAAAGUCAGUGGCGGCCUAAGCAACCUGCUCUACUACUGCGCUCUGCCGGCCGACGUGGAAACUGUGAAGAACGAGCCGAGUCGAGUUCUUCUUCGCAUCUAUGGCCAGGUGAAUGGCGAGAGAGCGCUAGAGACUAUUAUCACCGAAUCCGUCAUUUUCACUCUGCUCUCCGAAAGCCAGAAGGGACCCAGGCUGUUCGGUGUCUUUCCUGGGGGCCGGCUUGAGGAGUACAUUCCUGCCAGACCGUUGAAAACAAGAGAACUUUCAGAUCCAAACUUGAGUAGGCUGAUUGCUGAGAAAAUGGUGCACAUUCACCAAAUGGACGUUCCCAUAAAUAAACAGCCCAGAUGGUUUUGGGAGACGGUCGAAAGAUGGCUCAAUACUAUUGAAGAAAAUUUAUCUAAUGAUCAUGAACAGUUAUAUGGUGCUAUAAAAGAUAAAUUGAAAAGACUACGUUUACGGGAGGAGUUAGCAUGGCUCAGAGAACUGUUGCUGUCAGUGGAGUCACCAGUGGUUUUCUGUCACAACGACCUCCAGGAAGGCAACAUUUUGGUGCGUGAAGAGGUCGAAACAUUCCAGGAAACUCACAUGACUGACAUCCCCCCCUCUCCAACACCCACUUCCUCCCGUGAUGACGUAACAUCUGCCGAAGCAACGUUGCCGGUUCUCAACACAUCCUCUGAAGCCACUCUCGACCCAUCCUUCAAAGCUACGUUGCCAGUUUUCGACUCGUCCGCCGCUGCGACGUUGCCGCUUCUCGACACGUCCGCCGAAGCCACGUUGCCGGUUUUCGACACGUCCGCCGCUACGACGUUGCCAGCUUUCAACACGUCCAGCCUGACCGGCGAGAGCAUUGUGAUAAUUGACUUUGAGUACUGCGCAUAUAACUAUCGCGGCUUUGAAUUUGCCAAUCAUUUCAAUGAGUGGAUGUACGACUAUUCAAACGAGCAGCCGCCAUAUUUCUAUCACCUGCCCGAGUGUGAACAUCCCACACGAGCGCAGAAGGAGCACAUGAUCAGAUGUUACCUGGAUGAACUGCAAUCAUUGGCCAACUACAAACCCAAGUCACGUGAUACAGUUGAGCACAUUCUACAUGAGACAGAGGCGUUCAUUCUAGCCUCCCACUUUUUCUGGGGUCUGUGGAGUGUCGUCAACUCCACAUCAGUUGACAUCGAAUUCGAUUAUUGGGGAUAUGGAGAAUCCAGGUUCGAGGCUUAUUUCACUCACAAAGAAAAACUUCUACUUUUGAAAGAACAAGAAAUUGAUGGAACCACUUCACUUUCAACCGCUUCAAGUAGCGGCCAAGACUGCUGAAAUUU